AUGCCACCUCCACAACCCAUGCCUCCGGUGCCUGAGGGCUGGCGCCCGCAGUUUGACGAUAGAUACCAGGAAUGGUAUUUCGUAAAUCUUCGUACAGGACAGUCGCAAUGGGAGCGUCCCGACCGACCGGCCGAGCCAGAUCGCUCAGCUCCUCCUCCCCAAGGUCCCCCUCCCGGUUACGAUGCCAGCACAAGUCAGAAUAACAACGACGAAAAAUCGUCACCGUGGUCGCCGAACCGCGACAGCCGAAGUCCCUAUCCGACCCCGCAACCAGCCUACGGAUAUAACAACAAUCCGUAUCCACCACAGCAAUACGCCACCCCGCCUCCUCAGGCAAACCCAUAUCCCAGCCAAUACCCGCCCCAGUAUAACAACCAAUAUCAGAAUCCCUACCCGAACCAAAACCCAAACCAAUAUCCCGCUCAAUAUGCGCAACCGGCGAUGCAGCAGCAACCGCAGCCUCAACCGGAACCAAAGAAGAAAAAGCGAGGACUGGGUAUGGGCGGGGCUGCUGCGCUGGGAAUCGGAGGCGGUUUGCUUGGGGGUCUGCUUCUGGGAGAGGGGAUUGAGCAUUUGGAGCACGACUUUGAUGGGCCUCCUCCUGGGGACUUCGGUCCGGGGCCUGAUUUCGGUCCGGGGCCCGAUUUUGGUCCGGGACCUGGUCCGGGGUUCUGGUAA